CCCAGCGGCGCGCUCGGGGUUUCUGGCCGCGCGGCCCGCCAGCUCGGAGCCGGUCGCCGCUAGCACACACCGCUCGGUCCCGAGCGGAUCAGGGAGAGACGCCCAGCACCGUAAAUAGAGUCCAAGUGGGCGGGGAACCGCCCCGCACCGCCCGCUCAUGUCUCUGAGGAGCCAAGUGUCCGGCCGCCUGGCACAGCUGCGCGCGGCGGGGCAGCUGCUGUGCGUCCCGCGCCCCUGGCCCGGCCCCUCGGCGGGUGCCACGCGGACCCGCAGCAGUGCGUGCGGUUCCCCCGGCGUCCCCGGGCGCGGACAGCCCCGGCUCGCAGCCCCCAGCGGGAGUUGGGGCUUGGGGGGCGGCGGCGGUGGGGCGGAGAGGAGCGCCGGGGUGCGCACCUGGGCCCCCCUGGCCAUGGCGGCGAAGGUGGACCUGAGCACCUCCACCGACUGGAAGGAGGCAAAAUCGUUUCUGAAGGGCCUGAGUGACAAGCAGCGGGAGGAACAUUACUUCUGCAAGGACUUCAUCAGGCUGAAGAAGAUCCCGACCUGGAAAGAGACGGCGAAAGGGGUGACCACGAAGGUGGAGGAGCCAAAGUACAAGAAGGAUAAGCAGCUCAACGAGAAGGUCUCCCUGUUCCGAGGCGAUAUCACCAAGCUGGAGGUGGACGCCAUCGUCAACGCCGCCAACAGCUCCCUGCUCGGAGGCGGUGGCGUGGACGGCUGCAUCCACCGGGCCGCCGGACCCCUGCUCACCGACGAGUGCCGGACCCUGCAAAGCUGCGAGACCGGCAAGGCCAAGAUCACCGGCGGCUACCGGCUGCCGGCCAAGUAUGUCAUCCACACGGUGGGACCCAUCGCGCACGGAGAGCCCAGCGCCAGCCAGGCUGCCGAGCUCCGCAGCUGCUACCUGAGCAGCCUCGACCUGCUGCUGGAGCAUCGGCUCCGCUCCGCGGCAUUCCCCUGCAUCUCCACCGGCGUGUUUGGCUACCCCAGUGAGGCGGCGGCGGAGGUAGUGUUGGCCGCGCUGCGCGAGUGGCUGGAGCAACACAAGGACAAGGUGGACCGGCUCAUCAUCUGUGUGUUCCUGGAGAAGGACGAAAGCGUCUACCUGCAGCGGCUCCCCCACUACUUCCCAGCGGCCUGACGGCCCCCGCCGCCCACUCUGCCCAGGACUGACUCACCUGGGCCUACUGGACCUCGCUCCCAGCUCUAAGAGGUCCCCGAAGCCUGCAGCUGGGCCUGGGCACCCCAUUCUUUCCCUCAGCCCCCUGCCGCUCAGGCGCCUCCUAAUAAAGACCACCCUUGUCACAGCG